AUGACGCUGAUGGAGUGUCUACACCGCUUCUGCGCCGAGUGCAUAUCCAAGUGUCUGCGGGUGGGCAAGCGCGAGUGCCCCACCUGCCGCGUCCACUGUUCGUCGCGACGCCAGCUGCGGCCCGAUCCCGAGUUCGACGCCCUCAUCGCCUCGGUCUACCCGAAUCUCGACGAGUACGAGGCGCAGGAGGAGGAGUUCAUCGCCGACCUCAACAAAAAGAUGAGUUGCCAGUCGCACCUCACCGAGAGCGUGCAGAAGGGCAUCCUGCGCCAGCGAAGCGCCACGUCCGCCGCAGCGACGCGUAAGAGGAAGGCCAGCGCGGCCACUUUCAUCGCCAAGCCUGCCAUCUUCCACCACCUCUACUUCACCAUCACGCCCAGCCAGAGACACCACGGCAGCAUCGAGCCAUCCGACCAAAAGACGACGCGGCCUGGAACGGAGCAGGCCGAGUCUCUCCUGAAUACAGAAGACCUGGUGAGCUUCCUCUUGCUGCCUCGGCCAGAUAUGAGGCGAACAGCCGCAGACGGCUUCGCCCUGGAACGACCCUACGUGAGCACGUCGCCAAAGGUGACGGUGAAGCACAUCGAGGCCUUCCUGGCCUCCAAGUUCCCUCUGCUCCUCACACCCGGCUCGCAGGCCCACUUCGUCAUCAGCGUUGCGACCUCACCAUCGUCAACAACGGAAGACGCCGAGUACGUGGAUCUGGAGGCGGGCGACAAGACCAUCGACGACCUUGUGUCCGAGUUCGGGACGCCAGGCAGCACUCUCACCCUCUACUACCGCCUCGCCGGCUCCUCGCCAUCUCCGCCCGAGUGA